GGGGCAACAGCGAGCGACGCUACCGUCAACCAGGCAGUAAAGUGCAAUAAAAUGAAGGCUGUCGACCAACUUUAACGUUUUUGUUACCGCUCAGACAGGGAGAUAACUAUUUGGAUACAGCAUUAUCUUGUCAUUUUUCUGCCUGGAAAGAUCCAGUGGCCUAAACUGACAGUCGUCGGGCCUCGUCGUCGUGGCCCAGCAGGACUCGAGUGAAGUUGGGAGCGGACUGCCAAACUUCUGCUUCCUCCAGCGGCUCUCCGCAGGGCCCGGGGCUCCUGUCACCGGCCCUGUGGAUGAGGAAGUGAAUACAAAUCUAACCAACCUCCAGGAGAAAGGAAUCCCUUUGAUGGGAGAAUCCUCUUUCCUGGCCUCCUGGGUCAAUCGCCGUGCCACGAUGAUGGAUGAGCAGGAGGCGCUGAAUUCGAUCAUGCAGGACUUGGCCGAACUGCACCGCUCUAGCCGUCCUGCCAUGUUUCUGGCAGACCUGAGCAAACCCAAAGCCUCCUCGCCCAAGAACCAGAACGAUGUCAGAGUGAAGUUUGAGUUCAAAGGGGAGAAGAGGAUCUUGCAGUUCCCUCGACCUGUCAAGCUGGACGACCUGAGGGCGAAAGCUAAAGUGGCUUUCGGUCAGACGAUGGACCUUCACUACACCAACAAUGAAUUGGUGAUUCCUCUGACGACUCAGGAUGACUUGGACAAGGCCGUGGAGCUGCUGGAUCGCAGCGUUCACAUGAAGAGCCUGAAGAUCCUCCUGGUGCUCCAGAUCUCCUCUCAGAACUCUUCCUCCAAUAUGGACCUCUUGCCGUCCCACGAGGAGCUGGACAACACAGGAUUCAGGGUCGCUGACAAGAAGAGUAUGCUGGCAUUGAUAGGCUCCCAUUCGACGGACCGCAGCUCCCCUCCUCCAGGAUAUAUCCCCGACGCACUCCAGCAGGUGGCGAGGAACGGCUCCUUCACCAGCAUCAACAGCGAGGGAGAGUUCAUCCCUGAGAGCAUGGACCAGAUGCUGGACCCGCUGUCCAUGAGCAGUCCAGAAAACUCAGCGUCUGGAAGUUGUCCCUCUUUAGACAGCCCGCUGGACAGCGACUACCCGAAGUCCCGGAUGCCCCGAGCACAGAGUUACCCUGACAACCACCAGGACUUUCCAGAGUACGACAUCCCAGUUUUUGAGAAGUCGGGGAAAGGUGGAACGUACCCUCGUCGAUACGGCAUUCCCUUUGGCCUUCAAGAUUACAGUGACGGGAGGAAGACCUUCCCGCGGGCUCGGCGGACGCAGGUUCACGGCUUCCGCUCGCCGGUGAGCUUCAGCCCGACCGAGCAGUCGCCCAGCACCAGCAGCGGCAGCAGCGUCUUCACCCCCGACCUGGAGGAGGCCCCGGGGCCCGCCAGGAGGCCGCGGAGGGGCAGCGACAUCGAACCCAAUCCCAACCCGACUGCUGCUCCGACCCUGUCCGUCAUGGACAUCAGCCCGCCCAGCCGCUCUCCACGCGCCCCGACCAACUGGCGGCUGGGAAAGCUCCUGGGGCAGGGGGCCUUCGGACGGGUUUUCCUCUGUUACGACGCAGACGCUGGCCGGGAGCUGGCGGUCAAGCAGGUCCAGUUCGACCCAGAGAGUCCGGAGACCAGCAAGGAGGUGAGUGCGUUAGAGUGUGAAAUCCAGCUCCUGAAGAACCUGUGCCAUGAACGCAUCGUCCAGUACUACGGCUGUCUGAGGGACACGAUGGAGCGGACGCUCUCCAUCUUCAUGGAGUACAUGCCCGGCGGCUCCAUUAAGGACCAGCUGAAGUCGUACGGAGCGCUGACGGAAAACGUGACGCGCCGCUACACCCGGCAGAUCCUGGAGGGGGUUUCCUACCUGCACAGCAACAUGAUUGUCCACAGAGACAUUAAAGGGGCCAACAUCCUUCGUGACUCGGUGGGUAACGUGAAGCUGGGAGACUUCGGGGCCAGCCGGCGGCUGCAGACCAUCUGUCUGUCAGGAACAGGCAUCAUGUCCGUGACCGGCACCCCCUACUGGAUGAGUCCAGAAGUGAUCAGCGGAGAGGGCUACGGCAGGAAGGCCGACAUCUGGAGUGUUGGCUGCACCGUAGUGGAGAUGUUGACCCAGCGACCCCCCUGGGCAGAGUUUGAGGCCAUGGCAGCCAUCUUUAAGAUCGCCACCCAGCCCACCAACCCGGUGCUGCCCGCCCACGUGUCGGACCACUGCCGAGAGUUCCUCAAACGCAUCUUUGUAGAGACCAAGCAGCGGCCGUCUGCUGAUGAGCUACUGAGGCACAUCUUUGUACAUUAACCCCACCCCUAAACUUUUAUCGCCCCCCACCCCCGCCUGCCUGCCGAACUGCCAGAUACGGCCUUACCUGACGGGGCGUCCCUGCCUCUGACCCCGCCCUCUCCACCUCCACGCUGAAACCAUGUUGGACCAGGAGGAACUGGCUGGAAAGAGUCAGGCGUGUAGGGGGGGGGCGUACCUGCUCCUCCUGUCUCUGAAUGAGACCGCCAUAAAGGAUUUUUAUUUUAUUUUCCUCCGCAAGUUGCACCUUAAUUUCUGAGGCGAGGAGGGGUCGAGCACUUCCUCCCGAAAGACGACUCUUUCUUUCCUUUUUUAUGUUUGUACGGUUUCUCUCUUCAAGCGGUUUGGAGCGGGAUCGCGUCGGUGUUGUGGACCUACAGGAGGUGACGUCUGACUCUGGAGUGGCCCUGCCCCCCCACCCCCCCACCCCCACUGACCAGACCCCAGAAUGUAUCUCCUGCCAAAACCCAGAGCGACGGCGAUGAGCUGGGCCCGCUGCUACAGACGAAACUAGACCCCAGAGGCAGAGAGCUGCUCCCCGACACGCUGCCCCCCCCCCCCAGCCCUCGUCCCUCGUCCUCUCCGUCUCUCUCAGACCAAAUGUUUUGUCUCUCUGCUUCGCUGUCUGUAAACUACCCUCCCUCCUCUUCCUCGCCCAUCGUCAUUUUUCGCCGCGUGCCUUUUCUGUUUUUGAAGCGCAGUGUAGGAGUGAGCCUCCGCCGUUCUCAGCCGCAAGGUUUCUCGCUGUCGUUUUGCCUCCCGGACAAACUGCCUUCACUCCGUUUACCCAAAUCCGGCUGAUCUCAGUUCAGCCGUUCUUCCCGUUUCUGCCUUUGCUGUGACGGGGGCCCCCGCUGACGAGCUGGCCUGUCGCCAGACAUCCUUCAGACGUUGAGAAAGUUGCCGCGCUGGUUCUCACAUGCACCAUUUUGUCCUCCGCUCCUGCGAGAAUUCACAGAUCGGAUUGUCGCGGCAGAUCAGAGGCGAGCUGCGAGGUCGUCUCGUACGUCUGCAGCUCGUAUUCUGGAAAUGUUCGAAUGAACGGCUUCACUGGGAAGCAAAAUGUUUCAUUUCAGCCACUGCACGUGUCGUGAAGUCGUUAACGUUCAAAUCCCGUCUCGAUAUUGACUUUUGUAGCUCUUCAAACACAGUGAUAGACGAGAAGAACACAGAAUUAAGUCAGCGAGAGUCGAAGCAGUCAGCAGAUUAAUCCACGAGACAGAAAAUUCAUCUGCUGCAGCUCUGAGGAUCAGUUCACCAUUCACGUCAUUUUAAAAGUCCCCAAAAGUCACAAGUUCCAGCUUUUCAGAUCUGAAUAUUUGUUUCUUUUUAUCGUCUGUUAAACUCAUCAGUCCGUCGUCUGCGUUACUGACCAAACAAUUAAUCGAGAUUGAAUUAAAGUUGCAGCUACAUUUUGAUUUAAAUCAGGAAAAAGCCUGAUUACCUGAAGCAGAGUGUCGACCUGCAGCGAGGCGCGACGCUCACAGCUGAUUGGCUGGAGGUCUGGCUGUAUGACGCUGUUGCUUUCUGCUGCUGCAGUCCUCUGUUUUCCAGCCACGCCGCCACACUCCCGUUGUUUUUCGUGUUUCCGGCCUCACGUGCACUCCCGACAAAUUCGGCUCACGCUUGAAGACGUUUACAGCAUCUCGCCGCUUCGACCCUUUACAGCAGCCGCCAAAUCGAAUGCAUCGAAGUUAACUCGUCACUUUAGCGAGCUGUUGCUUGGUUUAUUUGUUGUGAUCGUUGAACAGGUUGGUGAUGCUCUGGACUCCCUGCUCCACACUCGGUUUAGUUUCUCCAGAACCAGAACUGGGAACGUGGCACACACAUGGUAGCAAGAGUCCACGCGGUGUGUGUUUUGUUAUCUGGCCAUUUCCGUGACGACCUGCGCAGACGUCUGCGUGCGUGACUGCGACCACGUGCGUCCACGUUUGUCUCUGUUUGACCGUCGCUGAUUCUGACUUGACUUGUUCUUUCACCGUUGGCUCCAGUUGACGAGGACACGGGUGCGAGUUGUUGUGGAAUGUGACGCCGGUGUACAGAUGGCACUUCAAACGUACGGUACGAUACAGAACGCAGGGUUUGGGGUCAGGCUUUGGUACGUUUUUGGUACAGAGUAAUCAAAUUACUGGUCCCUCAAAUUGGUGCACACAAAUUUAAAAUAAUAAUGAUUCACUGCUAAUGAAAUGGAGCACUUCUUUCCAGAAAAGUCCUGUCAUGCUUGUAUGAUUAGUACCAAAUGAAAUGGCCCUUUGAGGAAAUGAUAGAAAAGAUUUUGUGUGUCUGUAAUGUGUUUGCUGUUGUUGUAGUUCCCGCAGAGGCCACUAGAUGUUGCUAAAGAGACAUGUUUUAUUGAUAACGCCUUUGAAAAGCAGGAGAGUGAUUUCUUCACGUUAAUCCUUCCCUGGGUCACCCUGAAAGACUCAGACGGCAUCCGCGAUCUGAAACGUCUCCUCUUUGUCUGAUUAACUGGAACAAACUCCUUCCUCACUCGGUUUCUGCUUUUUCAGAACGGUACGAAGCCGCCGGACAGAGAAACUGUUGGCGCCGCUCAGCCUCGUGUCACAAAACAUUAGUGGUUGUAUUGAGUUCGAGGCGGCUCGCAGUCAGCUGUCUGCGACAGACGGAUUCGGUUGGAGACGCCGCCAGCACUGCUAAACCUUGAUACGCACUACCAUUAUGCACUAUCUACGAUUCACGGAUGCUUUUCCACGACCCCUCGUCGGCUGUCGCUCGAGCAGCUCAGCGACCUUUUCUUUGCACAUUUUAAAGACUUUUAUUUUUACACAAGUGUGUGUGGUUGUGUGUGUGUGUGUGUGUGUGUGUUAGCAACGACUCAAUACAUGAAUGUAAUGUCUUUUUUUUUUUUUUUUAACCGUCAGAUGGCCUCGUUCACCGCCGUGGAUUAACUCUUCGGUACCAGUAUUUGUCACCUGCAAAUGCCAAGAUACACCUGUAGUUCUCUAUUUAGUGUCUAAAGCCACUGCUGCCACUCCUCUGUGUGUGUGUGUGUGUGUGUGUGUGUGUGUGUGUGUGUGUGUGUGUGUGUGUGUGUGUGUGUGUGUGUGUGUGUGUGUGUGUGUGUGUGUGUGUGUGUGUGGACACUGCGCCCAAAAUGCCUUGAGCAUUCUGACUGUAGGGGGUGAGAACAGUAAAAUAAUAAUAAUUAAAAAAAAAAGAUAAAAAAAAACAACAGUGUACAAAUGUAUAAAA